AAUUUUAUAAAAUAAACCGCGUAUAACGUACUCUGUAAGACAGUUUUCUUUAAUUUCUAAACUAUUUUUUUAGUAAAACUUUAUUAGUGGCGUUAUACCCAACCCAAGCACGCCUAAAUGCUAAAGUAUAGUAAAUUCGCAUCAUCAAUGGCAAUUGCAAGGCCCAUCAUCGAUAACCAUUUCUUUUUCAAUCUCAUUUGCUCAAACUUGUCUGCAAAAAAAUGGCAGAAGCACUUGUUUCCACUCUCUUACAGCAGAUAACAACAAUCAUCUGUGAAGGAGCACUAGAGGAAGUGAGACUUCUGAAGGGUGUAAAGCAAGAUCUGAGAAAGCUCAAAUUGAAUCUCACAUCCAUCAAAGCUUUACUUGAAGAUGCUGACCAAAAGCAAAUAUCAGACAAAACUAUCCAGUUAUGGUUAGAUCGGCUGCAAGAAGAGUCUCUUGACAUGGAGGAUGCUCUAGAUGAGUGGAGAACCGUACUUCUGUAUCGACCAACUAAUGGAGCUGAAAAUGCUUCUUUUCUUCAGAGGAAGGUAUGCCUUUUCCUCCGAUGCUUUUCUUUUCGUCGGGUUUAUAGUUACCAUGGCAUUGCUCGCAACAUAAAAGAAAUUAAUGAGAGGUUAGAUGAGAUUGCUAAUGAUAGAGUAAGGUAUCAGUUAACAGAUACACCUAGUAGACUGCCAAAACGAAAAGAAAGCACGAGUUUUAUUGAUGGGUCAAACUUCGUUGGUAGGGAUGAGGUAAAGAAAGAAAUAAUUGGUCAUUUGCUGUGUGGAACUAGCAAAGAAGGAGAGAGCUGUCAAACCAUCUCUAUGGUAGGGUUGGGAGGUAUUGGUAAGACUGCUCUUGCCCAACUGAUCUACAAUGAUGAAGAAGUUAAACAACAUUUCACUAGCAGAAUUUGGGUAUAUGUUUCAGACAUUUUCGAUGAGAGUAAAUUGGCAAAAACGAUCAUUGCAGAACUUGAAGGCCUAGAUAAAGUAACAACCCUCCAAAUGGAGUCAGUUCCAUUGAAUGCACUUUUAGAAAGAAUUUGCAAGUCCAUAGAAGGAAAGAAAUACCUUCUUGUCCUAGAUGAUGUAUGGACAGAAAAUGAUGAAGACUUUGGAGGACUGAAUGUCACUUUCAAACGUGGUGCUGCGGGAAGUAGAAUUCUGGUGACUACUCGUAACGAUGCUGUUUCAAGAGUUAUGAGGAGUUCUCACACCUUUCAUUUAGAAACUUUGAGCCAAGGCUUAUGCUGGUCCAUUCUUAAGAAAAUAGCACUAAGAGAAAGGGACCAAAAGACUUGUGAAGAUUUAACUCCUAUUGGGUUGAGAAUUGCAGAGAAAUGCAAAGGUCUGCCACUUGUUGCAAAGACUCUGGGAGGUUAUUUACAGUUUAAAACUACCAGAAAAGAAUGGGAGAAUGUCUUGAAUAGUGAGUUAUGGAGGAUGGAUGUGGUACAUAAAGAUGUUUUUGUUCCUCUAUUGUUGAGUUAUUAUGAUCUACCAUCACCAGUAAAACAAUGCUUUAAGUAUUGUGCUUCCCUUAUUAAAGACGAUCAUGCUUAUUUUACUUGUCAAUUAAUUACAGAAUGGAAGACACAAGGUUACUUAGGCUUUAAUGAUGGUGAUGAUUCUUUAUGGGAACUGAAAGGCUUUGAGUACUUAAAGUGCUUAGGGGAUCGCUCUUUCCUCCAAAUUGAAGAUUCUCACCAUUUCUUUGGUCAAUAUGCUGAAUGUAGGAUGCAUGAUUUGGUACAUGAAUUUGCUCUUUUUUUGUCAAGGGGCGAAUUUCUGGAAGAGGUGGUCUCCGAAAGUGAUAAAAGCAUGAAGAUGAACUCAGAAAGAACUUGUCGGUAUUUGGUAGCAAGGAUUGAAAGGAUCCUCUGUUUUCCUGAAUCCAUUUCUGAUGUAGAAAAAUUGCGAAGUCUCCAUAUUGUUGCUUAUGAUUAUAGUAAGGGGGGUGUUAUCAAUGGUGGGGGCUUAUGUAAUUUGCUUAAUAAAGCCCGUCGCUUAAGAGCAUUGACCAUAUUAUGCCCUGCUUCAACUAUUCCAGAAGAAAUAGGGAACUUGUUGCAUUUAAGAUGCCUUUACUUGCCAAAUAACCUUCAUCUUAAAAGAUUGCCAGAUGAGAUGGGAAAUCUAGUCAACUUGAUGGUUCUUGAUACUAAAGCAUGCUCCAAUUUAACUUGCUACCCGAAGGGAGUUAGCAGAUUAACUCGUCUUACACAAUUAGUAGGGCUCAUUGUGAGAGUUGAUCGUAACGAUCCUGAAGAGUUCAGCAUUGGAGAUCUAGCAAACUUGAAACAACUUGCUGUGCUUUCUAUGAAAAUGGUGGGAAAUACAAUCAAUGUAGAGGAGUCAAAAAAGGUGAAGCUGCAAAAUUUGCAGGAGGUGAAAAUUCUGGUGAAUGAGGCUAUAAUGGAAGAUGAAGACACCAUACUUGAAUCCUUAAACAUGUCCUCAGUCCCAAGAUGCUGCUUUGAUACGGACUUCCAAAUGAUUGGUCAAUUCAAUACACGAAGAAAUGAAUACCAAUACUGCGGCUUUUGAACAACUGGACCAUACAGUAAUGGGGUGCGCCUUUCAAACGUGUUGCUUUGGUGGUGAUCCAUGAUGAGAAGGUUGUUGGUGAUGAUGUGUGUGAAAGAAGAAAGACGUAGGUGCUCC